UCCCGGCAGGGUCAGGAGCCAAAGGGACUUUGCACCCCGAGGCAGCGCUCGCUCCCCGCUCCUUCCCCGCAAGCCUUGGAGCCGCCGAAGGGAAAGCAGAAUGCUCCGGUCUUAUCUGCGAGGGGAGGCAGGCUCGGUGGGCAGGGUUUGCGCGAAGGCUGCUGGCUUAUAAGCAGCCGGCAGCGGAGGCAAAGCCGUCUCGGAAGGCACCGAACGGGGCCCCCCCUCCGCGCAGCGCUCCCGCCGCGAUGCCCCCAGCGCUGGGGCUGCUGCUCGGGCUCAGCCUGGCAGGUGCCCUUCGGGCCCAGUUCGAGCCCCCCCAGCAUCCCAGCACCGAGGAGGGGGCCGCCCUCUUCGCCAGUGACUACAACAGCACGGCCGAGCUCGUCCUCUUCGAGAGCGUCUCGGCGAGCUGGAAUUACAACACCAACCUGACGGCGGAAAACGCUGCUCUGCAGGUCCAGGCAUCGCUGGAGGAGCAGAACUUCACGGAGCUGUGGGGGAAGAGAGCCAAGGAGCUCUAUGGCAACAUCUGGAGCAACUUCUCAGACCCACAGCUGAGGAAGAUCAUCGGCUCCAUUCAGACCCUGGGACCCUCCAACCUGCCCCUGGACAAGAGAGAGCAGUACAACACCAUCCUGAGCGACAUGGACAAGAUCUACUCCACGGCCAAGGUGUGCCUGCCCAACGGCACCUGCUGGGAUCUGGAGCCAGACCUCUCAGACAUCAUGGCCAUGUCCCGCAGCUACAAGAAGCUGCUCUAUGCCUGGGAGGGGUGGCACAACGCCGCGGGGAACCCACUGCGCCCCAAGUACGAGGAGUUCGUGCAGCUGAGCAACGAGGCCUAUUCGGCAGAUGGAUUUGAGGACACAGGCAGCUACUGGCGCUCCUGGUACGACUCAGACACCUUUGAGGAUGACCUGGAGAGUAUCUACAACCAGCUGGAGCCGCUCUACCUCAGCCUGCACGCCUUCGUCAGGAGGAAGCUCUAUGACCACUACGGCCCCAAAUACGUCAACCUGAGGGGCCCCAUCCCUGCUCACCUCCUGGGGAACAUGUGGGCUCAGCAGUGGAACAACAUCUAUGACCUGAUGGUCCCCUACCCUGAGAAGCCCAACCUUGAUGUCACGAGUGCCAUGGUGCAGCAGGGCUGGAAUGCCACCCACAUGUUCCGGGUCUCAGAGGAGUUCUUCACGUCCUUGGGGCUGCUGGAGAUGCCCCCCGAGUUCUGGGAGAAGUCCAUGCUGGAGAAGCCGACGGACGGGCGGGAGGUGGUGUGUCACGCCUCGGCCUGGGACUUCUACAACCGCCGAGACUUCAGGAUCAAGCAGUGCACGUCGGUGACCAUGGAGCAGCUGUUCACGGUGCACCACGAGAUGGGCCACAUCCAGUACUACCUGCAGUACAAGGACCAGCCCGUCUCCUUCCGCAGUGGGGCCAACCCUGGCUUCCACGAGGCCAUCGGGGAUGUCCUGUCGCUGUCUGUCUCCACCCCAAGCCACCUCCACACAAUCGGUCUCCUCAGCAAUGCCACUGAGGAUGAAGAGAGCAACAUCAACUACCUGCUGAAGAUGGCCCUGGAGAAGAUUGCCUUCCUACCCUUUGGCUACCUCAUCGACCAGUGGCGCUGGAACGUGUUCAGUGGCCGCACGCCCCCGAGCCGCUACAACUCCGACUGGUGGUACCUGAGAACCAAAUACCAGGGUAUCUGUGCCCCUGUCACAAGGAAUGAGAGCAACUUCGACCCUGGAGCAAAGUACCACAUCCCUGGGAACACUCCUUACAUCAGGUACUUUGUGAGCUUCAUCCUCCAGUUCCAGUUCCACAAGGCGCUGUGCCAGGCAGCCGGUCACAGUGGCCCCCUGCACACCUGUGACAUCUACAGGUCCAGAGAGGCUGGAGACAAGCUCAGGGAAGUGUUGAAAGCUGGGUCUUCCAAGUCGUGGCAGGAAGUCCUGUUCAACCUCACUGGCACGGAUAAGAUGGAUGCUGGGGCCCUCCUGGAGUACUUCAGCCCUGUCACCACGUGGCUUCAGGAGCAGAACAACAAGACCAAUGAGGUGCUGGGCUGGCCUGACUUUGAGUGGCGUCCCCCUGUCCCUGAAGGCUACCCUGAAGGCAUUGACAAAAUAACAGACGAAGCACAAGCCAAAGAGUUCCUGGCCGAGUACAACAGCACAGCCGAGGAGGUGUGGAACGCCUACACCGAGGCAUCCUGGGCCUACAACACCAACAUCACCGACCACAACAAGGAGGUCAUGCUGGAGAAGAACUUGGCCAUGUCCAAGCACACCCUGGAUUACGGCAUGAGGGCCAGGCAGUUCGACACCUCCGACUUCCAGGACGAAAGUGUCACCCGCAUCCUCAAGAAACUGAGUGUCAUCGAGAGGGCAGCCCUGCCUGAGGAUGAGCUGAUGGAGUAUAACACCCUCCUCUCAGAUAUGGAGACCACGUACAGCCUGGCCAAGGUCUGCAGGGACGACAAAACCUGUCUCCCACUGGAUCCUGACCUCACAGACAUCAUGGCCACCUCCCGGGACUAUGACGAGCUCCUCUUUGCCUGGAAGGGCUGGCGGGAUGCUUCUGGGAAGAAGAUGAGGAACGACUACAAGCGAUACGUGGAACUGAGCAACAAGGCAGCCGUGCUCAAUGGUUAUACAGACAAUGGGGCCUACUGGAGAUCCCUGUACGAGACAUCCACCUUCGAGGAAGAUCUGGAGAGGCUGUACCAGCAGCUGCAGCCCCUGUACCUCAACCUGCACGCCUACGUACGCCGGGCCCUCUACAAGAAGUAUGGGGCAGAGCACAUAAACCUGAGGGGGCCCAUCCCUGCUCAUCUGCUAGGCAACAUGUGGGCUCAGUCAUGGUCCAACAUUUUCGACCUGGUGAUGCCUUUCCCGGAUGCCACCAAGGUGGAUGCCACCCCAGCCAUGAAAGAACAGGGCUGGACACCCAAGAGGAUGUUUGAGGAGUCGGACCGUUUCUUUACCUCCCUGGGCCUCAUCCCCAUGCCCCAGGAGUUCUGGGACAAGUCCAUGAUCGAGAAGCCCUCGGAUGGGCGGGAGGUGGUGUGUCACGCCUCGGCCUGGGACUUCUACAACCGCAAGGACUUCAGGAUCAAGCAGUGCACGGUGGUGAACAUGGACGACCUGAUCACGGUGCACCACGAGAUGGGCCACAUCCAGUACUUCCUGCAGUACAGGGACCAGCCCGUCCCCUUCCGGGAUGGGGCCAAUCCCGGCUUCCACGAGGCCGUCGGGGAUGUCAUGGCCUUGUCCGUCUCCACCCCCAAACACCUGCACAGCAUCAAUCUGCUGGAUGAAGUCAAGGAAGACCAAGAGAGUGACAUUAACUACCUGAUGAGCAUCGCCCUGGACAAAAUCGCCUUCCUGCCCUUCGGGUACCUCAUGGACCAGUGGCGCUGGAAGGUGUUUGACGGGCGGAUCAAGGAUGACGAGUACAACAAGGAGUGGUGGAACCUCAGGACGAAGUACCAGGGUUUGUGCCCACCAGCACCGAGGUCUGAAGAUGACUUUGACCCCGGGGCAAAGUUUCACAUCCCUGCCAACGUCCCCUAUAUCAGGUACUUUGUCAGCUUCGUGAUCCAGUUCCAGUUCCACCAGGCUCUCUGUAAGGCAGCCGGGCACACGGGUGCCCUGCACACCUGUGACAUCUACCAGUCCACGGAGGCUGGGAAGAUCCUGGGGGAUGCCCUGAAGCUGGGUUUCAGCAAGCCAUGGCCUGAGGCCAUGCAGCUCAUCACGGGGCAGCCCAACAUGUCAGCAGAGGCCCUGAUGAGCUACUUUGAGCCGCUCAUGACGUGGCUGGAGAAGGAGAAUGAGAAGAACGGGGAGGUCCUGGGCUGGCCCGAGUACAGCUGGACUCCUGACUCAGGUAUGCAGGCCCCAGAUGGCUCCAGCAAAACUGAUUUCCUGGGAAUGUCCCUGACCAAAAGCCAAGCCUCGGCAGGCGCCUGGGUCCUGCUCGCCCUGGCGCUCGUCUUCCUGAUCACCACCAUCUUCUUCAGCAUCAAGUUCUUCUCGUCCAGGAGAAAGGCCUUCAAAUCCAGCUCAGAAAUGGAACUGAAAUGAGGCAGCCACCAGCGGGGCAGCAGGGACAGGGUGCAAGCACGGGCACUUGGCCAGGCUGGCAGCCAUGCCAUGGGCACACUUGCCAACAAAGCCAUGGGUUUCCACAGCCCAGGACUCCUCUCUCCUCCUAUCAGGUCAGACAUUUCUUUCCACUAUGCAAGAGCCAAAGCAGAGAAGAGCUAUUUAUUUGACAAUGUCUGCAUCGGGGGAAAGAGAAAUUCCGGCGCCGGCAGGCACGGAGCCGUCACGAGCUGCCCCUGUGCCCAGGGCUGGAGCUGGUCCUGCCUGGUCACCCACCAGCCAACUCUGACCUGUGGGCAAAGCCACAGAGACUUGAGUCACAGAGGACAGUUUGGGGAGGGACAGAGCACGUUCUUCCCCCUGGUUUGCCUCUGCCAGGCUGUUCGUUUGCAUGGAUGAAAAAUAAACCCAUGUCUUGGCACCCUCCGAGCAGCAGCUCAGCUCCUUCUUGCAGGUGGGCUGGGAUCUCAACAGGACAGGGCU